AAUUCAAAACAAAAAUAAAAGAAACUCAGGCCCACUUUGAAAUUGAAUUGGAAAAUUUGCAAUGGAUAAUUAAAAUAAAAUAUGUUAAAUUAAGUAAUAAAUAAGCAAUUGAAAAAAAUUGUAAAAUGGAGGAAUAUUUAUCUGCUUCACACAAAAACUUGAGGGAUAACAAUUACUCGGACCUCACCAUCGUAUUAGGCAAUGAGAGUUGCGAUUUGGAUUCGGCCAUUAGCUCAAUAGUUUACGCUUUGUUCAUGAACUGGCAGUACCAGCAAAUAAAAUGCAAGACGUGCACGAGAUUCUCGCGAAGGGACGAUGUUAAGGACAGCCUGUUUGUGCCAAUUUUGAACGUGGAACGUGAGAACUUCCCUUUGAAGACUGAGGUUGUAUAUUUUUUGAACGAACACGGGAUCAAUGAAAAUAAUUUGGUGUUUCGAAACGAUUAUGAUUUGAAGAAGUUGGUCGCUCAGAAUAAAACAAAUGUCGUCCUAGUGGACCACCACAUAUUGAGAACGGAAGACCAGUUUUUAGAGCAGUAUGUGACGGAAAUCAUAGACCAUCGCAUCAUGGACAAGACUGGGUGGAAUUUUAAGAAUGACACAAGAUCUACAAUAGAGCUGGCGGGGUCGUGUUGCACUCUGGUCGCCCAAAGAAUAAAGGAUCUGUCCGCUUUGGUCGCGAGGGACGUGGAUUUCUUCGACUCGUAUCCAGUUUGCAGCGACAUGUUGCAUAGUACAAUUAUUUUGGACACGGUGAAUUUUUCGAAGGAAUUUAACAAGGCAACUCCACAUGAUGAGGAGAUAGUUCAGUUCUUAGAGAGUCUUAUUAAGCCAAGUGACUAUGAAACGGCAAGGAGACAAAUACUGGACCGUUUGUCAGCAGCCAAAAGCAACGUAACACUAUUGACGGCCGCGCAGCUCCUGCAGAAAGAUCUUAAAGUUGUUGGCGAUUUUCUAGUACCCAGUUUUCCUAUUCUUGUCGAGGAGUUCCUAAAGAAACCUGACGCAGCCGAAGCCAUGGCUUCAGCGUUAGUCCAGAGGCGGUGUAGAGCGAUAUUGCUGUUGGGGAUGUCAUUCGGCGGCGGUCUAAACAGAGAUGUUGCUAUAUAUUCAGAAGAUGCGGCAACCAGUGUCAAGUUAUCGAAAUUUUUCGAAGAGUGGACCAAUCCGCCUCUCAUGUUGGUUCCGGCGGAGACACCAAACAAAAUAGCUCGGUGUCUAUACUACAAACAAAACAAUUUAUCUGCUACUAGGAAACAGUAUAUACCAGCUUUGAACGAAUAUAUUAUCACAGAUGUUCCUAAUCAACCAUAAAUUUUACUUAUAACUUUCAAUAUAUUGAAACCUAUAGGCCUGAAAAAAUUUAAUAUACUUUUCAAUGUUGGCAUCAUGAGAAUGUUAAAUGUUUUAACAUUGUUAAAAAUCGCUGUCCCGUUCCGGUAAGGGGCAGGGGCCCCUGCUCCAUUACCGGAACGGGACAGCGAUAGGUUUCUGCGCGAUAAAAAUGGUGUCCCGCGUGCAAUGCCGCGGGGGCCGGAUUAGCUUUCUAAAUCAUUAUACUAAUACAUGUUUAGUGUCUCCACAAUUUCAGUUUAUAAUAUGCCAGAAUAUACAGAAAUAAAGUAUCAAGAGCGCUGGCGCGAUAUUUUACGAUCAGGUGGCAUUUUGCGAAAGAAACAUUUACGACGUCCAGGAUGACCAGGGGAAAUUUUUAGAAUGAGAUGUUUUGCGUAUGAGCCCCAGAGAAAUAAAAAAAAUCUGUGGAUAUUGUUGGCGGAACUAGGUUUUCUAAAUACUGUGUUACCGGUCUCCAGGAAUCGCCAUAAUAUAAGAGUAAAUAAUGAUAUUAAGAACUUUGUGUUAGGACUGUGUUGUGUAUAUAUUUGGCUAUUGGUCUCAAAAGCAACACGCCCCUUUUAUGAGUUUAUUUGAAAAUCGUUUUUUUUUUAAUUUCUCACAUAAUAUAGUAACGAAAUGCAACUAGUUGAGAAAAUGGGCCACGCUAUAAAUGUGAAAAUGGGUCACGUUUUAUAAAUUUGGAUGAGUCAAUGUGAUAAGAUUUAGCAAAAUAAAUUAAUUGCGUGUCCGAUUGCAGACAUGGCAUACCUAUAUCAUCAUAAUUCUUAUGAGAUUAAGAAAUACUUUAAUUGAAAAUUAUUCUUAUAUGUUGAAUCUUAUUUAGAAAAUUUACACAAGGGUUAUAAUAAAUUAAUUAAAAAAAACAAAGUGUGUUUUAAUUAUUUAUUAUAAAAAAUAUUUUUAGUAGUCUUGACACUUAGCUAGGUACAGCUACGAAAAAAAAGCGAUAAACUUACAUCUAAGUUAAUAUUUACAACUUGGCCGAACAGUAACUGUUUGUUAUGUAUCAAAAUGUCAAUCCAUUCCACACAUAAUAAAAUAGUAAAAUGUCUGAACUUUAAAGAUAUUGGUAAAGAAACUGAUAAUUAUGGGUAAUCUACAUACCUAUAUAAGAUCAACAGAAGCUAAAGAUUUAAUUUUAAGAAGUUCUUUUUACUCGCAUCACGCGAAUACUAAGUAUCCGAUUUGAAUGAACUAACGAACGAACGAAGACAAUAAACGGGUGGCAACAUUUUUGUAUUGACAUUUUCAGUGGAAAUAGUAGCGGGAAACAGCUUGUUUCAUACAUAAUACGCUACGCUUUGUUACAUAUUGAUCGGAAUAAUAAGUAAUUAUUUAGAUUUUUAUGCUUCAAAUGAAAUUGAAUUAA